AUGCAACCAGGAAGUUUAGAAAAUUCUCCAGAACAUUUAGACGACCGUGCUUUACCCGUAGAAAAACAUAUUCAAUUAAUGGCCGACACCUAUGGAUUACAAGCGGCCCCAAUAACUUCACAAAUGUUUGGAAAUGCUGGACGGGAACAUAUGGAAAAAUAUGGUACAACAAGAGAACAUUUUGCUAAGAUUGCGUGGAAGAAUCAUUUACAUUCUGUCCAUAAUAACAAAUCACAGUUUCAACGUGAAUUCUCUUUGGAUGAAGUUGUUAAUGCUAGAAAGAUUUAUGAUUAUAUGGGUCUAUUCGAAUGUUCUCCAACCAGUGAUGGUGCUGCUGCUGUCAUAAUUUAUGAACCUUCCGUGUUUGCUGAGAAUAGCAAUAUAAAAAUGGUUGGAUUUGAUCUUAUUAAAAAAAUAUCUGAACGUUUGUAUUCAAAAACUGGUGUUGAUCCAUCACAAAUUCAGGUUAUUGAACUACAUGAUUGUUUUGCUCCAAAUGAGUUGAUAACUUAUGAGGCUUUGGGUCUUUGUCCUAUAGGAAAGGCAGGUGAAAUAGUUGAUAAAGGAGAUAAUACUUAUGGUGGAAAGUGGGUAAUUAAUCCCAGUGGAGGCCUAAUUAGUAAAGGACAUCCAAUUGGUGCAACAGGUUUGCUUAUUAACCGUGUUUAAUAUAACGGUCUUCUAGAGCUGUCCAACCCCAGAAUUACCCGCCGAAGACCACCCAAGACCACUCAAAUCUCAACGGUUUGGAGAUUUGAUCAAGAUCACCCAAACUAGCCAGCCAACCCCAUCCAAGACCAGUCCCAUAGCCAUCCAAGACAAGGGCCGAAAAAAGACUCGAGAGAUUUUAGAGUUUUGGACAGUCCUUUUAUUAGAACUCGUAAUGUUAUCG